AUGACAUACAAAAAUAAUUCUAGUUUAUUUUGUGAUGUGAAUAUUAAUGAGAUGGAUUUGGAAUCGAAUAAAGAAGAGGAUUAUCCCUCUCAAACCAACAAAAUAAAUAUUUCCAACAUGUUUGAUGAAGUUUUAAUAGACGGCAGCAUGGUAGAUAUUGAAUCUGAAACUACAAGUGAAAGUCAAAUUUCUUUUGAAUUCUAUGAUUUCCAAACAUUGGAGAAACAUGAGUUUUCUAACUGCCGAAUUCAUAGUAGCACCUUGAAUGAUUCUAAAUCGCUCAAUAAUAAUGAAUGUAAUAAAGAUGAUAAUAUUCUCAAUAUUUCCCAAUGCGAGGUGGAGAAACUAAGGAGAUUUUCAGAUUGUAAUACAAAUAAUUAUAAUCUUUCUACGAUUGAAAAAUGUAUCCUCUCGGAUAAUUCUUUGGAACAGAAUCAAACUUUACCAGUAACAGAUAUAAGUGAUUCAGGUAAAAGAGACCACAGUUCUAGUCAAAAGAUUAAUAUGCCAUUAGUUGAUUACUCAAAUACUGAUAGUGAUAUAAGCACAAUUAACUCAGAAAUCCAUAAAAACUUUGAAAGGCAAAAUAAUGCAAGUUUUGAAUCGAUACAGACAUUAGCUGUAAGGAUGGGUGUGUCUUGCAAUUAUUUCAAUAAUGAUAGUGACACAGACGACGAAAUUAAGUUGAAGUCUAAAAAUACUACCAAUAACUUAGAAGAAUCGGAUAACAUUUCGAAUAUUAAUAGUGAUAUUCCAUGUGCAGAAAGUAAAAAGCAAGUUGAAUUUCAACAAAAAAUAUCUCAAAAUGUAGAUAAUAUUGAAAUCGAAGGCGAAUGUGACCGAAUUGAGUAUUACCAUCCUAAUGAAUAUGAAGAGUCAUCUGCUCAUUCCGAAACUGACUCUGAAAAUGAUUAUGAUUUACUUCCAUCGGGUACACAAAAUGUUAGUCUGCCAACCAAUUUGAAAACCAGCAAAAACUCUGAAUCAAAAAGCAUGAAUAAGGAAAACAUAAAACUGAAUCGUAAAGGAAAACUUCAAAUUCUACAUAAGAUCGAUGCAGCGUUAGGUAAUCAUUGCAAUACAGCUCUUUCAAAUAAAAUCGUCUCCCGUUCUUCCUCGAAAUCACUGAAAAAUAACCUACGAAGAAGGUUUCGCAGUGACUUCAAAGCCAAAAAAAAUGAAGAAAACAAUUCUAAACAAAUAAUAGUUCAAAACUUUGAAAGGACUAUUCCCGAAUCGAGCGAAGAAGACUCGGGUGAUGAAUAUCUACCAGAGAAUGAUAUAGAAAAUGAUAGUUCAGAAGAUGAUUUUGAAAAUGGAGAUUACUCAGAGGUUGAAGAUGAUGAACUCUAUUCUUGGGAAGUUGGUGCUAGUACACCAGAUACUAGCGGGUCUCAGGAUCAUUCAUACGAGCAUAAAUAUAAUUUAGCUCCUAGUCAAAUCAUACCGGCACAUGAACUCAUCGUUCCUGAAUCAAGUGUGGGUGGUGAAUGGUACUAUAAAUCAAACUGUUGUUGUUAUUGCUUUGAAUUGUGUUCACGCGUCGACCGUCAUCUAAUCACUAAACAUAAAAACACAAAAACUGUGCAGAAAAUUAUCAGUAUUGUCGGGAAUUCUAAACAAGCCAAGGCCAAAAGAAGACAUUACUUUGAUAUUUUGAGAAAAGCUGGUAAUGAUCGUUGGAAUAUCGAUAAAAGUAUUAAUCCAAACAAAAUUAUGAUACCAUCUCGAAGAAAAGCAACAAAUAAAGGAAUAUCUAAAUCCAGUAAAAAUACUAACGACUCCGUACAAAUUAAUUCAAGCGACAAUAUUCUUAAUAAUUUACAUAAUAAUACUGAGAAAACAACAACUAACAAAUCUACGAAAUUAGAAAAAUUACGAUGUGGAAUUUGCUUUGCUUGGCUUUCUAGAAACUAUAUUGCGCAACAUGGAAUAGAAAAACAUGAUUAA